UACAUACACACAUCCCAACCCCAUAUGCCUCUCUGUUCCUUUAUCCAGCCUCUUUCGUUUGCUGCUGCUUCCUUUUUUUUCUCCUUCCUCCAAUGGUUUCUCCCAAUGACAUAAUAACAGCUUGCUAGCAUCUCUCUCCUAUACAGCAAAAUACCCCUUGAUAUAAAACGCCAUUUCGCAGAAUCUUCUCUGGCUGGUGCCAUCAACAACCCACUGCCAGGUGGGGGGACAGCGAGAGAAGCCGUCUCUCACCUCCCCCAGUGUGUGACACCUUUGGAAAGCAGACCUUUUUGUAGUAGUUGUUGUUGUUGCUUCAAGAAAUCAUGCAGCCACACAACUAAUUGGGUCCUUGGCAACUUGAGAGAGAGAAUUCAAGUGAUUUCCUUAAGCCAAUCUAUGCCUCAAAUUGAAGAGCAGCAGCUGAAACUCAAGUUUUCUCAAGCGAAGAGGGAUUUGAAAAAAGAGAAACAGAGGACAGGAAAGCAAGAAAAGGGAAAGAAACCACAAAACUGGAUGUGAAGAGACUGAGAACAUCCACAAACAUUCCUGAAAACUCCUUGAAGCUGGGUAGCUGAAGAGGAAACAGCUUUUAGAGGAGACAACAAAGCAUCUUUGAAUGUUCUAAUCUUACCAUAGGACCUCUGCAGGUUCCUCAUCAUCCAUUCAGAAGAUCACACAAGCAGUUUAGAGAUCCUCUAGCUUUCCCCACCAGCUUCCUUAUAGCUAUCUAUACAUCAUUCAGUAGCUCUCUGCAAAGGUUCCUGCAAGUUUUCAGAAAAUCUCCAGUCAGUAUCUAGAUAUUUCAUAGCCACCUUCUGCUGCCCCAUCAGUAGGCAUCUAGAUGCCCUACUGUAGUAGAAGCCUUUCAGAGGAUUGUCCAUUAGCUCAUCAGGAUUUUCAUAUCAGUGGUCUAGAAGCUCUCUAGAUCCCCAACUAUUCUUACCAUUCCACAGCCUGCUGGUUGUCCACUCCAUCAUUUUCCAGUUGUGUGCUCCACCAUAUUUUUCUGGAUAGCUAUCUGAAAGUUCUUUAUAAGUAUUCUUUCUUAAAGUUCUCAACAGUUCUCCAAAAAAUUCUCAAGGCGGUUUCUGCCACUUCUUUGGAAUUUUUUUUUAAAAGAAAGAAAAAGGAAAGAAAGAGAAAAGAAAAAUCCAUCUGACGUCAUUCCUGAUGCAUAUCUGAAGAGGGGCUCCCAGGAGAACUAAAUAUUUCAGAAGCAGCCCCGAAGAACCUCUGCCAGCGUUUCUCACAGCAUUCCCAAGGUCUUUGGAAGAACUUUUAAGACAAUCUUCUUCUCCUGUCCUCUGCCAAGACUCCUUCUACACACUGAACUAGGUCAAGGCACUCCCCUGCUGCCAUUUUUUAAAAGCCAUUGGUAUUCCAGAUCCUGCCUAAGAGGAAGCCAGCUGUAGUCAGCAAGGCCUCCCUCCUUACCACUGUUGCUACUGCUUGCAUCUAUCAGUGCUAUUUUGUUUCUCACCGCCAAGCUGGAGUCACUUAAGCGCUGGAAUGAGGAGAGGAUGGUCUGGUGUGAGAAAGGUGUCCAGAUCCUACUCACCACUGUGGGGGCCUUUGCAGCCUUUGGCCUCAUGAUCAUCGCCAUUGGCACCGAUUACUGGCUAUACGCCCGUGCCUUCAUCUGCAAUACCACCAACAUCUCUACUGAGGAAACUCCCCAGAAGGAUAAGAAAGACCCUGGAGGGCUUACCCAUUCAGGCCUCUGGAGGAUAUGUUGCUUAGAAGGGCUGAAGCGAGGGGUGUGUGUAAAAAUUAACCAUUUUCCAGAGGACACAGACUACGAUCACGACAGCGCAGAAUACCUCCUACGUGUGGUACGGGCCUCAAGCAUCUUUCCCAUUCUAAGUGCUAUUUUGCUGUUACUGGGAGGAUUCUGCGUAGCUGCGAGUCGUGUCUACAAGUCUAAGCGCAACAUUAUCCUUGGUGCUGGCAUCCUAUUCGUUGCUGCAGGUCUCAGUAACAUCAUUGGCGUUAUCGUUUACAUCUCCGCCAACGCUGGAGACCCUGGCACAAAACGGGAUGACGAGAAGAAGAGCCACUACUCUUACGGCUGGUCCUUUUACUUCGGUGGCCUUUCCUUCAUCCUGGCUGAGAUGAUUGGUGUCUUAGCUGUCAACAUCUACAUAGAGAAGAACCGCGAGGCCCAUUGCAAGAGUCGCACGGAGUUGCUGAAGAAUCCAUCGUCCUCCUCGUCAGCCAUCUUGCGCUUACCCAGCUACCGUUUUCGAUACCGCCGCCGGUCACGUUCUAGUUCUCGUUCUACUGAACCUUCACAGUCUCGAGAAACAUCACCGGUUGGUCUCAAGGGAUUCCCUUCCACCGACAUCUCCAUGUAUACACUGUCAAGGGACCCCUCCAAGGCCAACGUCAGCUCCCUCUAUGGCGGUGCCAGUGAAACAGCCUCGACGGGAGCCACUGCAGCAACAUCAUCAGGAGCAACGGGUACAGGUGGUGGUGGUGGUGGGUUCUUGCAGUUGCACAACACCUUCCCCAAGGACCCUGGCGUGACUGUCACAGUAACCGGGCCGAGCGUAGCAGGGGCAACUGGCACCCUGGGUAAAGAUGCCUCCUCCAACACCAACACCCUCAACAGGAAGACAACGCCAGUGUAAGGAAGGAGUUAAGAGAGGAGAGGGCAUAGGAUGGGUAAGAGGUGAAGUGAAGACACUGCUCAAAGGAUGUUGGGAGUGUCAGAAUGUUGUGAAGCGAGAAAACAAUCCAUUCUUACUGUUCCUUCCUUUUUCUUGUUUGUUCGUUCCUUGCUUCCUUUCUCUCUUUCCUUUCAGUCUCUGUCUCUCUUGCCUUCUCUCUCUCCCUCCUUGAACUUAUGUCACCUUUUUAACCCACCAAUAGGACCUGAGAUCACAUCUUACAUCUUGUGGAAGAGAGGAGCAGGAGUACUUUCACCAAGGGGCUUUCAUGGGUGGGGGGGGGGGGGGGGGGGGAGGAAUAAAAGAGGCAGACAUCAACCAUUUCUACUACCCAGUUUAUGAGAAAUGACUCAGACAUCACUGUCCUUGCAAGCAGGAACUAUGAGGACAACUGGGAUAGAUGUUUUUUGGCAAUGGGCUACAGACGAAGGGAUGCCAUGGUUGCAGCUCUGUGGCUCUUGGGAAAGAAGUGCCGUUCCUCUUGCUCAUUUGGUUGAGUUCUCUAGACAGCCACAAUUCCUGGAUCUCGAAACAGAGGAGCAGGGCUUGGAAGUGCUGUGGGUAUGGAUUGAAAGCCCAGACUCCUCCAUUCACAAGCCUCCUACAAAAUGGCUUCCACAGUGUACUGUGCCAAAAUCUGGGUCUGCAGUGUGGAUCAAGAGGGUGUUUUGUUCCUUGCAGGGUCUAAAGGAACCCUCUUUUCUCCUCCACUGCAGCUUAAUUAAGGGCUGACAAAAUUUUGUGCCAAAACACAGUGCCAUGGGGUGGGUUGGGGGGGGGGGGGUGAAGGUAUUGGAAAAUCGAAAAGGACUGACUGCCCCCUAGUGCUUGCCAGAUGUAUUUCUAAUCCACUAGGCUUUAAGGAAUCUCCUUUCUUCUAAUCUUUUCUGCUUUCGGCCCAUUUCUUAAGUUAUGAUUGAGCCAUAGCUCUUCCUCAGAUGAAGCUGUCCCUGGGGAGGAGGGAAUCCCUUCUCUUUAUACAGGUAUCCCUUACCCAUCCUUUUUUUUUUUUUUUUUUUUUGGAUCUAAUUUGUUUGCCUUAUCCAUCCGGUAGAUAGAGUUUUAAUAGAUUCCUCACCCUUGCCAUCUUCUUUUCAACGUCUGGAAGAAGAGCUUUAAAACGAAUCAAGAGGUAACAGAGAUGGAUAACAGCGCUGCUCAUCCCUACCUGCCCCCUGAAUCAGCUUCCUAGGGAGAAUUUUUACAUGUAUUAUAGAUAUAUAAAUAUAUAAGUAAAUAAAUAAAUAUAUAGACAGACACACAGACACAAAUAGACAUAUAUGCGGAAACUAACAAAACGAUUGUGAUAUUUGUUAGGACUUGGUUAAUAAUUUUUUUGGUCAACAGUGGAAUUACUGUCUUCCUACUGGAACUUGUUCCAUUUGGAAGCCAUUUUACAAAACAGGAUAUUUCUGUUCCUGAAGUGUUCUCCCCUUGAACCAACCGUGCUCUGCUUUUCUUACCACGCGAAUGCAGACAUAGAUCUGCAGAUCCUCACUGCCAAUCCAGGUGGAUUCCCUUUAUUAUCUGUGUGGACCAGGGAUCUCAUGUGGACCAAUGCAGAAUUUCUAUACAUAUGCCCCCUGCCCGUUAAAAACAGUUUCUCCUGGUUUAUUUCCUACGUUAUUUCUUGCUAGUCCCUGUAUCUUGGCUGUGGAACAAGAUGAGAUGUGGAGCCACACUCCACUCCAGGAUUAUUGGGGACUGUCUUAUGUGCAUUGUCUGGCAAUGUCUUACCAAAUCAGUUCUAUUUUUUUAAUUCCAUAGUGAUCCUAAUUUGAACUCAGGGUGGGUUAACACACACACACACACACACACACACAUUAAAAUGGCGGAAUGAUCAAACUUAUUCAUGAGGAAUGGGGACAGAAAAGGAGAUAAAAGCAGAAUUCAGAGUUGAAUGUAAAAAAUGAAGAUAAGUCAUCCAAAUCAGUUGCAUUAUGAUGAUAAAACUCUGGAACGGUAGUCAAAGGCCGCCUUCAGUAGAAAUAGUAGAAUAGGCUACCAAGCACAGCAGGGCUGGUUUGCCAUAUUUUGAAGGAAAGGAAGUAAUCAAAUGCAUGUUGCCAUCUAAAAAUAUAUUCCAACUGUCUUGAUUUGGCAGAGGCAGUACCAAUUAAUUGUCUGCCAUCCCACUUUUUCAGCAGCUUUUAAAAUGCCCCCGGUUUCUCUCUUUAAUUUCCACAUUCCCCCAUAGGAGUAAAUUGUGUUCAAAGUGUAAGAAUAGUGUGGGCUCAAUAGAAUCAGUGGGGGAGUAGAUGGAGGGGUGGAAUCUUGCCCAUCCCAGGAGGCUCAGGCAAAAGCAAACUGCUGCAGUCUGUCCUAGCUUGUGUGU